AUGUUGAUGAGAUCGUGCCUUAGAUCGACUGGUAGUUUUCGAAAUGUCGCAAAGCGUCAAUUGUCAACAAGUUCACUGCCGACCACAACACGUUUAAAUAUUGCUGGAUCAGCAGCAACUGCUGUUGCGAUUGGUUCAGCAGCCUGGUAUUAUCAUCUUUUUGGAGAGCCAGCAUGGGCUAUGACGCCUGCUGAAGAAGGGCUUCAUGCGACACAAUACCCCUGGGAACACGCCAAAUGGCAGAAGACAUUUGAUCAUCAAGCCAGUCUCCGUCGAGGGUUUCAAGUAUACCGUGAAGUAUGCGCCUCUUGUCAUUCUCUUUCCCGAGUUCCAUAUAGGUCACUGGUUGGUGUGACACACACUGUCGACGAAGCUAAGGCUAUGGCUGAAGAGAAUGAGUACGACAGCGAACCUAAUGACCAGGGUGAGAUUGAGAAGCGUCCUGGUAAACUAUCUGACUAUCUCCCAUCACCAUACAAAAAUGAUGAAGCAGCCCGAGCGGCAAAUAAUGGAGCUCUUCCACCUGAUCUUUCGCUCAUGGUAAAGGCACGUCACGGUGGCUGUAAUUAUAUUUUUUCUCUACUCACUGGUUAUCCGGAGGAAGUACCAGCAGGCGUUAAACUUCCAGAAGGUCUGAACUUCAAUCCAUACUUCCCCGGUACCGGAAUUGCUAUGGCCCGUGUCCUAUACAACGACAUGGUAGAGUAUGAAGAUGGGACUCCUGCGUCUACCUCACAGAUGGCAAAAGAUGUUGUUGAAUUUCUAAACUGGGCUGCUGAGCCAGAAAUGGAUGUUCGAAAGAAAAUGGGUGUUAAAGUGAUUAUAAUGACUAGUAUACUGUUUGCUUUGAGCGUAUGGGUUAAACGUUACAAGUGGGCUCCUCUAAAAACCAGAAAGAUCGUCUACGCCCCCCCUCAAGUCGGAGAGUCUAGGAGGGGACUCAAUAGGUAA